AUGGUGCCAUAUUGCCCUGAUCGCUUGUGCAUUGGCGCGCAUUCGGAGGUGGUUUCGAAUGUUGCUGACGCAAAAGGUGAUAGUGAUGACAGCAGUGAGGAAAACCUUGGUCCAGAUGGUGGCACUUCUGACUCUGAAGAACUAGUUAAGGAUGAUAACGACCAACAUCUUGAUUUCGAUAUCGAAGCAUUUCCUAUGGAAGGUGAUGAUCGUGAUGGAGUUAUUAAUAUGCUCACGCAGGUAUUCCUGAAAGCUGAUGUUGACCUAGGUUCACUUGCGGAUGCGAUUAUUGCACAAAGCCCUUUUGGAUUAGUGAUCGGGCCAGCGGAAGACCAAAGUGACGAAGACAAUGCGAAUGUUGUAUAUGGGCUUUUGUCUAUUGCUAAACUUAAUCCUGUAAAGAAUGGCACUUCGAAAUACGCCAAAGAAGUGCUCGAUUUCAUAGAAGAGAAGUCAAGAAAAUUCGCUUUGAAGAGUUUCCGUGAUGCUUUUGGGGAAGCCAGGCCCAUCGCCUCGGACUUUUUAUUAACGAACGAAUGCUCAAUUUCCCCACUCAAAUCGUCACACCUUCCUUCAAAAGUAUUCAAAGCAAGCACACCUUCACUUAAAACGUCUGACGCGAAAACUUCCAAAAAGAAAAAGAUGGGCAAAGCUGAAAAGAAAAGAAUGGCCAUACAACAACUUUCGCGUGCAGAUGUAAUUUAUGACGAUAUUGAAGAUGAAAUCUUAACAAAGGUGAAUGAAGGUGAGGCGCACUUCUUUGACUAUCCCGUUCAUAGCGAGGUGGAAAGUACGAGCAAGUUUCAUACAUUGGUGAAGGAUGGAAAGGCCUACAAGCCGUAUCGGAGAGUCAUAAUCAUGGAUAUCAAAAGGUUCAACGCGUUUCUUGAGCAGGUUAUCAACAGUGAUCUUUAG